CAGUGCCUAUGCAAUGCUGCUCCGCUCAGGCCGUAUAAAGCCGUAUCAAAUGCCUCGCCAGAGAAGGCAGCCUGUGAAGAAGAAAUUUCUGCUUAAACGUAUGAGAACAGCUCCUGGAAAGCCAGUGUUUAGUCUGCGAAAAACAGUGAAAUGUUAUAUCCUAACUGAAGAUUCAAAAACCGUGCAUUUUGAUAUAGAUGAAGAUGGUCAUCAUGAAAUAUGUACCAAGGAUUCACAAUCCCAUGAAGAUAUUGCGUGGUUAAGUGUGUUCACAAGAAGCGAAGCAGCAGUUACUGAUUCUAAAAAUUUGGUGAUCCUCACACAGAGAUCAAAGCUAAAUGAAUUUGUCCUGUUGUGCAAGGGUAAGAAGCAUCUCUCUCUGAAGGUCUUAAAAGCAUCCUGUUCAGAGCCAGAUUGUCCUUCAGUGGCGAGAUGCAAUAUGAAAACAUGCAACCAUGAAGAUCCUGACUUUAAACAGUGUGAAGAUAAUAACUUUUUCAUCAUGCAUUACCAAGGAGAUUCAGUGCAGUUCCAAUGCUACGAAGACAGAAGUUACUAUCUGUGUGUGAACAACGACUCACUUGAUAUUCGCAAGCUGGAAAACAAAGAGCCCAACGAGGACAAAAAUUUUUACUUCAGGGUAUCAUAUUUACAGGAAAAGUAACUUGCCUACCAUUCAGAGGCAGUACAGCUCCUAAGAAGAUGAGGAAGUUUGAUAUCAACUAAUUUCUGUUUGAGAUAAAUUCCUACAUUUUCAUAAUUUCUAAGUCACCAACAUCCUUUAUUUCUCUACAUUUAAUAGCAAAAGAGGAAGGCAAAACUGAAAAACUUAGUAACUGAUCAAUCUCUGAGUUCGACCUACACAAUUAUGUUUUUAAGGAAACAAAAUAUUCUGGUGUGGGAAAAUAUACAGGGGAUAUUUCAAAUACAAUAAGGAACAUAUAUGAUCAUAAAAUGUACUAUUAGUUCUCCGUGUGGUAAACAUUUUACUUUUUAAAAACUGUCUCUUAUAAGUUCACCUGAAUAUGACAAGAAAACUUUCAGAAGCUGUUAAAUGCAUAUGUGCAAAUCCUGACUGACUGACUUUGAGAAAGAGGUAGAAAAGGUGUCUUGAGUCUGUCUGGGGAUAAGGGAAGAUGCUGGAAGCUGGAAGACAGCACCAAGUCAGCCCAUAUAGUCCGUUAUGCAAUUCCAGCAUCUCUCCAGCAUGGCACCUCUCGAAAAAGAUGUACAGAGAACAUCAGAUGCACAAUGUGCAGGCAGUGGGAAGGAGACACAUUGAACUGAUGGGCCAUAACAGAUGCCUGCAAACACAGCAGAAAAUUGCUCUGACAUAUUGGCUUCCACUUUUGAGUCAGAGAGGGAAAUGCAAUCAUAUGUUCUGCAAAGCAGAGUGCAGAACAACAUCAGAAAAAUAAUAAUGUUCAAAAUUACUGAAUAAAAUAAACACUAGGUGCUUAUGCGGAGUACACUGGAGGAGACAUAAGAGUACCUACGUUUGAACAACAGGGUCUGUCAGUGUUAAAUGGGAGAUGUUGAAGCUUAAAUGUCCAUAGACUAUUCCCUGCAAAGCAUAUUCGAAAUGCCUGAGAAAACAACCUGAAAGUUAUCAGGAUCACUAGGUGUUAAAGAUCUGGUUCUUCAUUGCUGUACAUGGAAUCCCACUCUGAUUUAGUAGCAAUUUUCUGUGAUGUAAGUAAUUUGAGACUGUAUGUGUAUAAAUUCUAGAUAUGACACAUCCAUGCCAAGAGACUGCUGCCUAGCUGCAACAAAACAGCCUACGAGAUAACACAACACUUGUAGGAUUAGUCCUGUGUAAGUACAACAAACAAUGCACACCUGAAAUAGGAAUCCUAUUGUCAGUCAGUUGAUCACACCAAUGCACAUUGCAAUAAGGCAAUUUUCUGCUGCAAACUAAACUCCAAAGGUUUGUGAGACCUUAAGGGAUUUCACGGCUUGCUUGUUGUAUUCUUCAAAUAGCAAAAAUCUUUAUGUUGAUUAUGCUCAUUGAAGAGAGCUUUUAAGUAUUUUCUAAGUAAUACUUACAACUUCUGGACCUGCCAAGAGUUUAAUUAAGUUAGCAUGAAGAAAAAACUCCAAAACUCUAGAUAUUAAUCUCAGUAUUUAUCACACUAGAAUCAAGUUAUUUCAGCACAAGAAAUAGAUUCAGUCAUGUUAAUUUCACUAUCUGAUACACUAACACUUCAUAGUCAUACAUCUAUUCUUGGUAGUGUAAUCACCUCACUAAAUUACAGAAUGAGCUAGAUGGAAAGCUGAUGAAAAGAUGACAAGUAACCAUAAAGCUUGUACAAAGCAAUGAAUGAAAUCAGCAUUGCUGAUAUCACCACAAAAGUAACAUUUAUCUCAGCUAAAUUUGAGUCUGUUUUAUAGUUAAAAUUUAAAUUAUGGUUACAUGCAGAAUUUUGUACUUUUGCCAUCUUCCAUCUUAAUUUUUUUUUAACAAUUCAAGGGAAAAUAAGCCCUUAUGGAAAACAGAAGUGGCAAUUUUGUGAAAUUUCAGAUUUUAUAUCUGAGAUAGUAAUAUCAUUUGACUCCUUUUCUCAUAAAACACAGUAAAGUCAGGAAACUUUGUAACUCUAAAUCUACUUAGUAAAGCAAGUUUAAAAAUUCUCUAUCCUAAUCUUUGCUGGAGUCUUAUUCCGAUCAUAAAAUCUCUUCAAACUGGACAUUUUCCAAUCCCCACUAAUCUAAGUGUCUUGUGAGUGGCAAAUAAGUUUUUAUCAUGUGAGGUGGAAAUCACAUAGAAAUUUUAUCUUAAAAUAGAAAAUGAAAGCCAGUUAGCCUUUUAGGGUAAUAUAGCUGCUAAUACUUUGCAAUUAAAAAAAUCCAAUGUGUCUAACAUUUGAAUAUGAAAUAUUAGUAUUUUUCUGUCAAAACUAAUAUGGUAUUCUUUAACUUUCAUUUAACAGAUGUGAUAAUUAUUAAAAUAAUAAUAUAUAUUUUUCUCUUGUAUUUCUGGCCUUCUAAAGCUGUGCCUUAAAUAAAGUACUGCAUGUUGUUUGCUUAGACCAAUGUAAUGCAAGUAUUAUUCAUAUAUAGCUUCUAGUAUUUUGACCAUAUUUGUGACUUUCUACAAUAAAACCUGUGAGAAGAACUACAA